AUGACAACCUCUACAACAGAAGAAUCCACACAGACCGUUGCAUUCUCCUCAACAGAACAAUCACUUUCAUCACCAUCCACUCUUUCAACAUCAAAGACUUCAACACCUCUUACAUCACUUAGUUCUCAAUCAGAUGUAUCUACCCCUGCAAGCACAACAGAAUACACAUCAAAAGCACCUUCAGAAGCACCAAUCCAGACGACUCAGGUUUCAGCAAGUUCCACCCACAGAGAUGACACCUUUGCUUCAUUUUCAACACCUGGAUUCAGCUCAAAUUCAGUGUCCCCACAAGCAACUGGAAGUGACACAGUGUCAACUCAAUCAACAGGAAGCCCAAUAGAAACAAUUGUGACAAUCUCUUCAACUGAAGAAUCCACACAGACUGUUGCAUUCUCCUCAACCGAGCAAUCACUUUCAUCAGCAUCCACCCUUUCAACAUCAAGGACAUCAACACCGCUUACAUCACUUAGUUCUGAAUCAGAUGUAUCUACCCCUGCAAGCACAACAGAAUACACUUCAGGAGAACUGUCAGCACCAGCAGCCCAGACAACUCAGGUAUCGGCAAGUUCCACUCAAACAGAUGACACCUUUGCUUCAUUUUCAACACCUGGAUUCAGCUCAAAUUCAGUGUCCCCACAAGCAACUGGAAGUGACACAGAGUCAACUCAAGAAACAAGAAGCCCAGUAGAAACAAUUUUGACAAGCUCUACAACAGAAGAAUCCACACAGACCGUUGCAUUCUCCUCAACAGAACAAUCACUUUCAUCAGCAUCCGCUCUUAUAACAUUAAAAACCUCAACACCUGUGACAUCCCUUAGUUCUGAAUCAGAUGUAUCUACCACUUUAAGCCAAACACAAUACACACCAGGAGAAACUUCAGAAGCACCAAUCCAGACGACUCAGGUAUCACCAAGUUCCACUCACACAGAUGAAACCUUUGCUUCAUUUUCAACACCUGGAUUCAGCUCAAAUUCUGUGUCCCCACAAGCAACUGGAAGUGACACAGAGUCAACUCAAGCAACAAGAAGCCCAAUAGAAACAAUUAUGACAAGCUCUACAACAGAAGAAUCCACACAGACCGUUUGCAUUCUCCUCAACAGAACAAUCACUUUCAUCAGCAUCCACUCUUAUAACAUUAAAAAACCUCAACACCUGUGA